GGAACAGAAUUAUUUCCAGGUCACUUAGAACAUGGAGUGUGGAGCAGGAAAGCACUGGGCUGAGGAGGAGGUUAAAGCUUUGUUAACGGUUUGGUCAGAGAAGAGAGUUCAGAACUACCUUAAUGGGGCAACAAGGAAUAAAGCAAUGUUCUUAUACAUUUCAAACAGACUGCCAGAGUUUGGAGUUUUCCGGGACUGGAAACAGUGUCGAGCAAAAUAUAAAAACCUGAAGUACGAAUACCGAACUGUCAAAUCUGCACAUAACUCUGGAGACCUUGGGAAAUCCAUGAAGUUUUUCCAGGAAUUAGAUGCCAUUUUGGCCUCUGAAAUUGAGCCACGGCUGGGAGAAGAGGAGGAUGCAACAUACUCUAAAGCAUUUACCAAGAACUGUGAGGAAGAAACUGAAACCAGUUCCAUUACAGGCAUGCUCAAUGCAGGAGAGAUCUGUGUAGCCUUAGAAGAUGAUGACAUCAGCACAACUUCAGAUGAUCUGACAAUUUCACCAACAAAGACCAAAACAAAAAUCUGUGAACAAGGCAACCAAAAGCUAACGCAAGAACAUGCAAAGCUGUCUUUCAUUCCUUGUGUGGCCAUAGAAGGUGGAAAGCACUGGACAGAUGAUGAAGUCCGAGCACUGCUGCACAUCUGGUCAGACAGCAACAUCCAGACCCAGCUUGAAGGGGCAGUGAGGAACAAGAGCAUAUUCGAAGAGAUCGCCCACAAGCUUCAGAAGUUUGGGAUAGACCGAGACUGGAAGCAGUGCCGGACCAAGUAUAAGAACCUCAAAUAUGAGUACAAGACUGUCAGGAGCGCUCAAGGUUCUGGCAACACUUGUAAAAGCAUGAAGUUUUUCAGUGAACUAGGUGCUAUCCUGGAGCGCAGAACUGCUAAACAAUCAGACAACAAUUAUGAUCAAGAGGACAUCAGUGAAGAGGAAACUCACCAAGGAUUAGAGGAGGCAGAUUCAUAUUGUACAGCCUAUCCAGUGAUUACACAUAUUAAAAAGGAGCCUCCAGAUGUAGGUGAGCACAUACAAUCGGAUAAGGCACCAAAUCAGUUCAGAGUCAUCACAGUCAAUGACACAGGAAUAGGAAGGCACUGGAGUGACGAUGAGGUCAGCGCACUCAUUUUGAUUUGGUCUGAUGAAAACAUCCGACAGCAACUUGAAGGAGCAACUAGAAACAAAGAAAUAUUCGAGCAGAUUUCCAGGAGGUUGAUGAAGAUGGGGAUUGACCGGGACUGGAAGCAGUGUCGGACAAAGUACAAAAACCUCAAGUACGAAUACAGAACGCUCCAAAGGCGCAACAGCCAACUCUGCAACCCCAAAAGAGUAAUGAGAUUUUAUGAUGAAGUGGAUGCUAUCUUGAGAAGAUCACAUGCUCUUCAGCAACAAAAAAGAGCUGAAGAACACUGCCAAUCUGCUGAUGUGAACAUAAAUAACAGGGAAGAAAAAGAUUCAAGAGCACAGACUAGUGCAGAUGAAGACUCAAGCAGCACAGCAGAAGAUUUUUUAACUGCAGGGGCAAAGAGGAAAGCAAGUGAAGUAGGUUCUCCAGUAUCUGCCAAAAAAAGAAAUGUCACAACCGCUUUUAACAGCCACAUAACAGCAUUUGAAACAGUGACAGCAUAUGGAAAUCAACCUGAAGAAGGUUACUGCAAACAAGAGGAAGUUCACCAGUGUAUUACAAUAACGCACAUUUCGUCUGAAACUUCUUCACGCCAGCAUCCACAAAUACAGGUCAGUCUCAUUUUCCCACAUUUCACAGAAAUAUUAAAUACAUCCAUUUUUGUUUUGCUUAUUUGCAUGGAAAUGUGCUCCUUUUAUGCGUGUUUCUCUGACUGCUCCUUUUCUUUCUUGAAGUGGUUAGUCUGUGAUCUACUUUCUCGACCAGUAAUUGUACACGAACUGUCCUCCGAAAUGGCUGCAGAAUUGAAACUUGGAAAAAAGCUGAACGAGGGCAAGACUAAGGAGAUCUAUGAACUCCUUGACUGCCCAGGUCAUGUGCUGGUGCAGUCCAAGGACCAGAUCACAGCGGGCAAUACAGUCAGGAGGGACCAGAUGGAAGGGAAAGCAGCCAUCUCCAAUAAGACAACAAGCUGUGUCUUCAAACUGCUGCAAGAAGCUGGAAUCAAGACUGCUUUUGUUGAAAAACACUCUGCUACGGCCUUUGUGGCUGCACAGUGUGAAAUGAUCCCAAUUGAAUGGGUGUGUAGAAGAAUCGCCACUGGAUCUUUCCUAAAGAGGAACCCUGGCGUAAAGGAAGGAUACAGGUUUAGUCCCCUGAAGUUGGAGAUGUUCUUCAAGGAUGAUGCAAACAAUGACCCGCAGUGGUCUGAAGAGCAGCUGAUCGAGUCCAAGUUCUGCUUUGCAGGUCUGAACAUCGGGCAAUGUGAAAUCGAUGUGAUGAACCGAGCAACUGUGGCAAUUUUUGAGAUCCUGGAGAAAGCCUGGUCUACUCAGGACUGCACUUUGGUAGACAUGAAAAUUGAGUUUGGUGUGAAUGUAACAACCAAAGAGAUUAUUCUUGCUGAUGUUAUUGACAAUGAUUCCUGGAGGCUAUGGCCUUCUGGUGAUCGGGGACAGCAGAAAGACAAGCAGGUGUACCGCGAUCUUAAAGAAGUCACUCCUGAAGCGCUGCAGGUGGUUAAGAGAAACUUUGAAUGGGUUGCAGAAAGAGUCCAGUUGCUGCUGGAAUCAAAGAACAGUUGCAGAGUGGUGGUGCUCAUGGGGUCCACCUCUGAUAUUGGACACUGUGAAAAGAUCAAGAAGGCCUGUCUCUCCUAUGGCAUCCCUUGUGUCCUGAGAGUCACCUCUGCUCACAAAGGGCCAGAUGAAACUUUGAGAAUCAAAGCAGAGUAUGAAGGUGAUGGUGUGCCGACUGUCUUUGUAGCAGUGGCUGGCAGAAGCAAUGGGCUGGGUCCAGUGAUGUCGGGAAACACUGCAUACCCUGUUAUCAACUGCCCUCCAAUUACUGCGGACUGGGGUGCACAGGACAUCUGGUCGUCUCUGAGAAUGCCAAGUGGUUUGGGGUGUACAACUGUCCUUUCACCCGAUGCUGCUGCCCAGUUUGCAGCACAGAUUUUUGGCCUGAAUAACCACCUGGUCUGGGUUAAGCUGCGGGCUUCCAUGUUAAACACAUGGAUCUCUCUGAAACUGGCUGACAAGAAACUGCAAGAAUGCACUCUGUAGGAAAUGUUAUACUGUAAAAGCAAAUGUGCUACUUGUUGUACAAUUUGUGCUGACACAAGCCCAGCUGAAAGCACUAAAAGUAAUUCCAAAUAAAAACAAUGGAACUGGU